CGCCUGAGGUGCAGGUUGGGCCUGGCUCCUGCCACUUGAACUCGAGCCAGUGGCUACAGGUGGAUGCGGUGGAGGUUAAGCUCACUCAUUAGCACAAUCUCUCGCAAAGUGCCCAGGCCGCUGGCACUGCCAACAAAUUACCGGGCCAGCCCGCACGUUCUUAUGUUGUUGGCUUGAGGCCUGCAGCAGCGCUACAGUCUGAGUGAGCUGAUUUAACUGCUUCGUUGGAGCAUCAUCAAAUUCAGUACUUCCCCCAAGGUCGGCUCCGGUAAACGAGCCAAUACCCCAGCAGGAACACUGCUUUGCACGCUACACUGCAGGCCAUAGGCUGAGGGUACAGAUGCACUGCAAGUCCAUCUAAUAGCUUCCACCCGAAGCUCCAGCAAGGAAAUGGUAGGUUUUUGACGAACCUCUUGCCUAAGUGUAUGGCGAAGAGAACCAUCUAGAACGUGCUCAAUAAAUUGGUCUUGAAGCAGCACCUUAGAAUUAGGCACCCCGUCGGGAGCCUGUUGUUUAACUUGCGCCAUCAACGCCAUAAGAGCAAGAGAAAACUCCUGCAGGGUCUCGCCUUCAAGCUGCUGCCGAGAGAAGAAACGUUACUGCCAUGCAAAUAGGAUUGAGUACAGCCAUACAGUUCUUUCAAAAUAGCAAGAACCUGCACUGGAUCCCCCCGUACAGCACCAGAGCAAAACUUAAUUUCCUCCCUGGCUUCUCGGUCCAAGUGAUCGAAAAUGAAGAGAGCCCGGUCAGCAGCUGAAGUGUUGAGCAUGCAUAGACGCUUCAACCUCUUUGAUCCACUCAGCCAUUUCCAAACCCUACAGUACCUACCAUUAAAUGUAGGGCACUUACGGUCGCUAGGAAUGAUGACCAGCCGCUCCGUUACAGCGUAACCUGUAGAGGAACUGCCAGAGAUAAUGAACGAGGGAGAAGCAGCCCCACUAGCGCUUGUACCUGCAGCAUUCUCUUGCCGAAGAUGUUCAUUGUCAGCUUUUAGCUGUAGGAUUAAGUCCUUUAACUGCUGCACCAGCUCCGCCAUGUUGAGCCAGGUAAACUGGAUAGUAAAUAAGAACUCGCACCAACAAGUUAGUUAAAAAAAAAUUCAACGCCGCCGCUGCUGCUGCCACGGUAUUCAAACAAUAAAAAUUUGCUUUAUGCAAAGUUAAAACAUAAAAACAAAAUAAAAAAAACAUCUGACCCUUUAUUAUGCAAUGACCAAUAGAGAAAUAAGUCAAAUGAAUUCAAACCACACCAUGCAUGGGAAAACAAAUAUCAAAAACCAAACCACACCAUGCAUGAGAGAAAAGAUAAAACAAUAAGAUAAAACAAAAAGUACAAAACCAUAAAACAAUGCUUUGGAAAAAAUAAAAAAAAUAACUAAAUGAACCAAAAUACCAAUCGCACUGUUAAAACCACAAUAAAAUCAAACAGAUUGGCCCAAGUGUUAAAAACAGCAGGAGUCAAGAUUAUUAAAACCAGCAAAGCCGCAUCGAGACCGUCGAACGGCAGCAGCAGUCGAGAUUAUUAAAAACAGCAAAGCGGCAUCAACCCGGUCGAGCGGCAGCAGCGACAAUGCCAAGGAGGUCGAAUCAGCUGACCACAAUAUGCAGUGAUCAGCACGAAGCCAAAUCCACUCCGUCCUCCUUGCAGCCAACAAGCGCCAGCCAUGGUGCAUCACCCCGACCUGCUGGCACAGAUAUAAUACGGUUAAGGGCCAAAAGCAGCUGGGGGACUAAAAGUUGACGUGCACCUACCGCGCUCCAGCUCCCGUAAAUCCCACCACACUUGAUCAGAGACCAAUGGUCCAGGUGUGAGUCCGUUCUAAUACACAAUCGCUCAUAAGCACUGCACAUAAAAGAGAUCCAAUGCAGGUCCAACCUGACCGCCUUACUUACCAGCUGUUUCUCUCUCUUGGCACAAGAGUGUUGUGUUGUGUUCACUAACGAGAUUGUGUUACAAGGAAUGUUCUAAAAGUGCUGAGAAUUCAUCUAUGAGGCUGAUAGUUGUAGGGAGCCACAUCGGUUGGAAAAACAGUAACAUAUCAUCAUCCUAUAAACUCAUUUUGUGUUUUUUUGUUGAUAUUCCAGUAAUUCCUUCAGGCUCUAAUGGCUUCAGCUAAAGGUUUAAUAGAUAUUGCAAAUAGCAAUAGAGUGGGCAGAUCAUUUGGUUCCUCUAUGCACCUUGGUGAUGUUUGGCUAUUUGUUCUGACCAUGGUGUUUGCUGAGGUGUAUAGUGUCACGGCGUGGCAGACCUACAUGCAAAGCGGAGACAGAACUUGGAGGUUAACGGUGAUAUCGUAGUCAGAUAGGCAUAGGUCGGUACACAACAGUGGCAGCUAGAUACUGGCUUGGGUCAGGCAGUCGGUGGUCAAAGACAGACUAGGUUCAACACUCACGGAAACAAGAUUGGAGGCAAGGCAGGAAACAAAGUCAGGAUAGCUUCGGUCAUACACGGCUUGGCACAAAGAUCAUAACGCUGGAAUGCUGGCUACUACUGGUGCUUAAAUGGUGGAGAGUAAUUACUGAAUGCUUGCAGGUGGUGACUAUAAGUAAAGCAGGAGCUAAGACAACCGGCCAGCAACAGGAAGUGGAAAAACAAAACAGGAAGUUGACAUGAGCAAUGGCUAAGAGUCUGUGACAUAUAGUAUUUGGAUCCAGUCUGUAAAUGAAUUACAAAUGCCAAAUUUAUGCAGAGUGGCUUUACUCUGGUUUACCCUGUCAAAAGAUUUUUCUGCAUCUAAGGAGAUGAUGAGGACAUAAUCAAUUAAGUUGAUCAAUCUGUUCAUAUUGUUUGUUGACUGUUGGCCUUUAAGCCUAUUUGGUCAGAGUAAAUAACAUAUGGAGUAGUUUUUUCUAGUCUUCUAGCAAGUGCUUUACAGAUUAUUUUUAAAUCUACAUUAGUGAAAUUGGGAGUGUAUGAUGUCUUCCUGGCUUUUGGAGCAAGCUUAUAAAAGCUGAAUUCAUAUUUGGGGGUACAGAAAACUGUUGUUUAAUUUGAACUAUCAAUUGGUAGAAUAUGGGUGCCUGGAGCUUUGUUAUUUUACAUCUUUUGAAAAGCUUUGUGUAAUUCUGCUAAGGACAGCAAUGUUUUCAGAGUUCUUAUUUGUUUUUCUGUUAACUUUGGCAGUUCUACUUUAUUUAGAAAUGACUUUAUAUGGCUUUCACAUCCCUGAAAGUGUUAUUAGUUAUUAUUAGUUAAAGAGUUAUUUACUAAAAUGUAAUCUAUAUGAGCGUAAGAGUUGUGAACUGGGGAAAAGAAGGUGUAUUUCCUGGAGGUGGGGCAUCGAGAACACCAGGUGUCACAAAGUCCAUAAUAGUCCUGUUUCACGGUCUGCUGAUUGCCAGUUCCUGUUGUUCACAGCCUGUCCAACUUUGGGUUACAUACUCAAUUAAAGUCCCCUACAACUAUAAGUUUUGAAUUAGAGUAAGCAAGUUUUAAAUAACUUGUCUUGUGAGUAAUUAUUGUUGUUGGAUGAGCUGGUUGCUGGGACAGAGGUAAAUCCUACCUUUUCCUCUUUGGUCUUCUACUGUAGGUGUUGUAGCCCAGCAACUAUCUGAUGCCAUCUUAAAGAAGGAGUUGUCCACCGUGUGGCCCAGCCUGUCUCAAAACACCAUGGAUCUGUUGGUUACACCACAUAAACCCAAUGAACUGACAGUGGGGAAAGUGUAUGCAGCACUGAUGAUCUUUGACAACUACAAGCAGAACCGAGCACGGAGGCUGCAGCUGCAGUGUGUUUUAGGCUCCCAGGAGAAAGACCUGCCUCCUAUGAUAUCAAACAGCGUGAAGCCUCCGAGGAUGCUGCAGCACCAGCCUGCAUCUAAUGCCAGGUCACAGCCACAGAUCAGGCUUAGCGCCAGCUCCCUGGACAAUAGAAGCACAAUGCAAGAUCACGAUUGCAGUAUCAGGGUGUUGUCUUCAUGGAUGACAGAGAAACAAAGCAACGCUCCUGCAACUGAUACUGGGUCCAGAGGCCCUUCUGAACAUUUUAUGGACAAUGCUGUCAACCAGAUCCAGGAACAAAUGAAAACAAAGGAACCAGGUGGCAACUCGACUGCAGUGACAGCUUUUUGUCUGGACCAGGCUAGAGCUAUAUCUAUGCCCCGUCUCAGUGCUGAGCUGCAGUUUUAAUAAGAGGGCCAUCAUCUGAGCCAGGGCCUGGCUGUGGGAGCAAAGACCACCACUCCUCAGUAGUCAAGCAGCGUUACUCCUGCAGCCAGGAACACUUGCACACCAUAUCAGCCACUGCCACCAGUUAGGGACAAGAAGUCAGCAGCAAACAGGUGGGAUGGCACAUGCAUGUAACAUUAAACAGAACACUGAAUAUGUAAGCUACGGGCCAGCAUACGUAGAUGCAUCAUGGUAAAGUGUAACCCCCACAUUUUAUUGCUUAUGACUACUGCUCUGUUUUUCUUUAGUUUUAGAUUCUCCUUUUUAACUUUUUUCCCCACUUUCUUAUACCAUUUAUUAUAUAUUUCUUUUUCCUCACAUUAUUUUCCAUUGAAUCUUGUUUUAUUCUUGUGUUCUUCUUUGUCCAUAUUCUUGUUUUCUCUCAUCACACAUUUCAUUUUGGUGUAUUGUCUUUGCCUCCUCUUUCUGUUUCAUACUUUGCCCAUCCAUCUAUCCAUGCUUUCAAGGGCAGUUGUUGGGUUAAGGGCAGUCCAGUGGCAUUAAGCUCCAGCUGUGGAUGCCAGCAUCUCCCCCAGACCCGCCUCACUGUGAGGCCACGAGUGGCAUACAAUGCUGUCGCUUCCUUCCCUGUGCCCUCUGUGUCCACCCAGGAAUCUUCCCAUUUCAGAAUGAGUGGCGGCCUAUCAGAGCACACCACCCUUCAACACUGUGGGUCCUGCAACUUUACUUGCCCCGUCACUCGAAUCAACUCUGAACCCUGCUUAGGCAGUGGCUGCAACAACUCCCCAGGGAGCCCAAUCAGCAGCCACCUGGGAUGAAUCAGCCAGCCUCCUUGCCAGACCCUCAUCUGGGACCACACUGCCUCCAUGUGAUAAGACUCCCACAUAACAAGAAGAACGUUGAGAUCUUCAAAAGGUACAAAUUUGGGGCAACACCAGCCAAGGCUCUGGCAUUAGAGCACCCCUGUAUAACACAAAGUAAAGGAGGAGUGGUGCAAGCAUGGCUUUAAACCAACCUUGCAUUUAUGAAGAAUUGUGAUGAGUUUUAUCAUCUUUUCUUUGUUUUCAUUUUUACUGUAUAUGUUUAAAGCUGCAUUUUAUUACUACAGUGUCCUUGUCCAGGAGAGAACAUUCAAGCAAAUAGGGAAGGUUUGGCUUGUUUGGUGUUUAGUGUAUGACAAACAUUAAGGCCUUUGAAGCUAAUAAGUCUAACAUGUUACCAAAUCUAAAUCCUAAAUUCACAUUUCACUGACACACAUCAUCGCUAACAUUUGCAUGCAAUGUCUAAAUCUACAGUACAGUAAAACAGUGAUAGCACUCACUGAUGAGCUGUUGUCUCCUUCAGCUUUAAUAAUACCUUCAGCUUUAAAGGGCUCAUAUCAUGCAAAAUCCACUUUUUAGACAUUUUGGAGCGUUCCUAUGACUCUAUGGGUCACAUAUACACACACUGAGCACGGUAGAAAUGCAUUUCCUGCUUUUUUCACAUUUUGAAAACGUAAAUUUUCUCACCCAAUGAAAACAGACCACGACCUACUCUGAGACCGGGUCCCAGUUGUCGUCACCUUGGUCGGAAGUUCUCCCUGCAAAUCCUGAACCACCACCCCCACAAUGAUCCCGAACCAAAACUGGACUUCCGCCAUUUCCCCCCUCUCACUCACCGUGAACAGACCAGCACGGCAGCGCCCAAGUCCUCCCAUAGAAAUAGUUCGGUUCUUGGCUGUUCUAACCAACACCAAAGUCUAUUCACUUUAACAAGGGAUCAACAAGUGAGGAUUUGUGGGUCACUUUUAUUUUUAACGGACCGGUGCCAGAAACACUGCGUCAGCAUUUAUACGUAUGUGCAUUUCAAACGAGGGUGCGUACAAGUCCGUCAUCCACUCACUGAAGUAAGUACAUGCUUGAUAUUUAUAAUGUUUUAAAAUGUUAGUUUGUCCGUUUAAAAUGUAGUAACCUAUGUGUGGGGCAAGUUACUAGCUAGCUAUGCUAACGGCUACAGCCAGUCGACCGAGCCUUUGUCCCCUUCAAAUGUGCUCAUGUGGGCUCCUGCAGCCACACACCUGUGUGGAGAAAAGCUAAUGACUAACGGCAUCGAGCGGCUACGGGCAGGGAGCGGUGGGUCUAGCGUCUGUCUUUUUUCUGUAAUCUCAUACACCUGCGGGGAACAGCUGAUCGUUAUCGCCCUUCCAGCGGCGACAGGCAGGAAGCGGUGGAUCUAGCUCGCUGUAGUAAGUUUGUGCUUGAUACUUGUGAUAUCUAAAUAUGUUAGUUGGGUCUGUUUAAAAUGCAGUAACCCACGUGUGAGACAAGCUAAUCGCUAGCGUCGCUAACGGCUACAGUGAGUCAACCGAGCCUUUGUCCCUUUCAAAUGUGCUACUCUGAGUUGGCACCUGUGUGUGUGUGAUGGGCCUUCGAUCGGCGACAGGCAGGAAGCGGUGGAUCGAGCUUUUGUCCUGUUGACGUGCUGCCGCUCCUGUUUGUGUUGCGUUAGCCGUUAGCAUGUCUUUAGGCCUUUGCACUUUAGAGCUACAGCUGGUCAAUCGCUACAAAAAGAACCUGCGGAUGAACGCGGCUAUGUUUGUUAUUACCCCGUCCUGUGUCACAGCCUAAAUCAACUUGUGAAUUGGGGUUAUGUCAUUGUUCUAUCAAAUUCUAACAUGAUUAGUUGGAAUGAUUACUGUGUUGUGUUGCAAGCUUAGUUGCUAAUUAGUCACAUCUCUACAAUAACUGCUGCUUAUCUGGUCAGUAACCUACAGCUUGUACCAUAGCCAUUAUAUUUGCAGUAAAUGUAACAGUCUUUUCUAUACUGUAGGGAGCCACAUCCCAGUUACCUACAUGCAAGGAGGCUGUCAAACAGAGAAAUCACUGCAGACUGUUGGUACACAGGCAUCUGCUGCCCAGCUCAGGAGUAAAGGUAUGUAAGUUUGUAUGUACCAACAGUAAGAUAGGCAAUAGAAGAUUUUAAUUGGUAUAUACUGUUUAGAUUUUAUAUUUGAAUUGUAACAACUGUUUAUCUGUUGUUUUAGCACAGACAGGCCUGUCCUCUUGUUUGGUUUAAUUUUUUUUCUGGUAUUGUGUGUUCUUACAUUAGAGAAGGUUUUGACCUACAUAAUAAUGAACAUUUCACUAAUCUACAAUUCUGAUUGCAGUACCUUUUUGUUUCGAUGAGGUGAUGGUGAGGACAGCCACAGCUUCCAUCUGGUAGAGGACUGCUUCCGCUCAGUCUUCCAAAUAGUGAUGAGAACAAGGAUCACCACAUCUCCCUGUUUACCCUACUUUCAUGCAUUUUGUCUGCAAGGCCCUGCAAAAGCUUCUGUCCUCAGACCCCCAGACUUCUUAAUUAACUCAGUAACCUAUACAUUGCACAUUGGAGUGUGAAGGUAACAGUUUGUUCUAGCUUUGGAGUAGUGGUGCAUUUUUUUGGUUUACAAUAAAGUUGGCUUUAACUAUUA